AUGUGCUAUCAACUUGUCGAGCUCUACUCAGCAUGCCGCUGCCUCUACUACCAGCACGCCAUUGACAGAUGCGCUGCCUACGGCCGACCAGGACAUAGCAUCCAGAACAGAACAAUUUUGGUCGGAUACGCCUGCCAUGCUCACUCUUCAUCACACAGCACGUACGCAUCACAAUACUCAUACUCCGACUCUGGUUACCACUCUAGCCAUUCAAGCAAGGGCUCCCGCCACUACCGAGGAAGGUCGGCCUCUCAAACGCUGCCACCCUCGCAGCUAUCUCUCCUCUUCGUCGGCCAUGACCGUUUGAUGUCUUCAUCGGCGCCUCCCGCUUUCAGCAACGAAGUUAUCGAAGACAGAGACGAGAUCACGAACAUGACGGAAACAUUUCACGGCCUAUCAAUAGUCAUCAUCAGCGCGCUGCAAUUAAACGACAUCUUCCACCAAAGAUGCCUAACUUCUAAUUGGGCUGGACCUCAUCUUCUCUGCCCUCGGGGCAUUACUUUGGGUUUACGCUUUGGUUUUCAGGAGGGGGACUUUUUCUUCUUCAAGUCAGCGGCGGCAAGAUUCGAUUCUACAGGCAUUCGACAACGGUCUCAUUUUCAACUUUGUGUAGUUUACGGACGAGUUUUCGAUGCAUUUGGCGGGCGGGCGGGCGGGCGGGAGGAUACCAGGCGUUCAGGUUCGGAAAGAUACAAGCGCAUCGCUGCGCAUGCGAUGGUUGACGAGAGUACCAGGGGCAACUGGAAUGCCCGCAACGAGGAAGAAAAGAGCGUCAUGACGCCUUCCUUCACCUCAACACAACUUUUGAUGCCAGACAUCAUUUUAUUUCGAUUCUUUGAGAUUCGACCAAUUGGCAUUUCUCAUUCAGGGAGAUUUUUAUCUUGUACUGCCAAACUACACGGGGCUGUCUGGAACUUCCUGAGGUUGGUUAAAAACACGACAAUCUGGAAAGAAGUUCCAAGAGCUUCCAAGGACACAAUUGAGAGACUUCCCAAUCGUGAACACGUUUCCCACGUCAUUGUUUAG